AGAUGAAUGAACUACACAUAAGCCGUCGUAUUUAUACGAAAGACAAACUUGACACCUUGUUUGAAGUCCAAGAAACACCAAAAGAAUCUCUCCUCACGAGAUUGAGAAAGCAGUGCUACUGUUCAAAAAGGAGAACGUGGAAGUGUUUGACUUCUUUCUUUCCAAUUAUUAAGAUAGUGAAGGACUAUAAGAAAGACUAUGUAUUGAGAGAUUUAAUAGCUGGUUUGACUGUCAGCUUCAUGCAUUUACCACAAGGAUUGGCUUUCUCUGUUCUAGCCGGUUUGCCAGCCGUGUUUGGACUUUACACUACAUUCUUCCCCUUAUUAUUUUAUACGUUCUUUGGAACAUCACCAUAUGUUGCAUUUGCAACAAAUGCAGUGAUUGCUUUAAUUGUACAAAAGAUUGUGUUAUCAGAAGCAGAUCUUUUCAAAUCAUCUUUACUGAAUUCAGGUACCAACACAACCGUGUUUCUAAACAUGACCGACAUUAACAAUAACUCGUCAAACUUGGUUACAAAUGGUAUAAGUGAAUAUGAUAUCAUUGCCAACAAAGCUUCCACUGCUAUGGCGGCAUCAUUAUUGGUCGGAAUAAUACUAACAACACUCGGCCUGCUACGCCUCGGCUUUCUUUUGACAUACAUGUCAGAAAGUUUUAUCGGAGGAUUUACCACGGCUGCUGGUAUCCAUAUUGUUUCCAGUCAGGUGCCGAAGAUGUUUGGUAUAGAAGUGUCCGCACACACUGGGGCUGGAAAGCUUGUGAAGAUGUAUGUAGAAUUAUUCUCCAACCUAGAAAAGACUGUGGUUUCCGAUGUUGUUAUUACUGUGAUAUGUAUAGCAGUGAUACUUGUAGUGAAAGUUUGUGUAAAUGAUCGAUUUAAAAAACGGAUGAAGAUUCCUAUUCCAAUUGAUUUGAUCGUAGUUGUAGUUUCUACACUUAUAUCACAUUUUGCAAAGUUUGAGGAAAAUCUUGGCGUUGAUGUCAUUGGGGAUAUUCCUUCUGGGUUCCGACCUCCAGCUGUCCCAUCUUUAGAUAUAGCUCCAAGAAUUCUAGUAGAUUGCUUUGUUAUGGCUAUUCUUACACUGAUGCUGACUAUAUCAUUGGCUAAAUUAACUGCAAAAACUCACGAUCAACGCAUAAAUGACAACCAGGAAAUGGUGGCAUACGGUUUAACCAAUAUUCUUUCAUCUUUCUUCUCUUGUUUCCCGCAGUCAGCCACACCAAGCAGAACCAUGUUAGACAGUGAUCUAGGUGCUAAAACAACUCUGAAUUCUCUACCGACAAUUGUAUUCAUGCUUCUUGUUAUAUUAUGGAUCGGGCAAUUAUUUAAUUCGUUACCGAUGUCUGUUUUAGCGGCAAUGAUAACUGUUGCUAUGAAAAACUUGAUUUUACAGUUUGGUGAUCUGCCAAAGAUAUGGCGAAUAAACAAAUUAGAUUUUUUUAUAUGGAUGAUUUCGUGCUUUGUCUCUGUGCUUGUAAAUCUGGACUAUGGUAUAAUCGCAGGGAUAGCGUUUUCUAUUAUUUCCGUCGUUAUUCAGCAUCAAGUGUCAUCGGGUAUUCUGAUCGGUCAAGCAGGAAAUGAAAAUGUGUUUUUAGAUUUCGAGAAAAGGAAAAAUGUACGAGACCAUGAGAGCAUUAAAAUAUUUCGGUUUCAAGCACCGUUAUAUUUUGCAAAUGCAGGACAAUUCAAAACUCAAAUAAACAGAAAAGUAAUAGAUCCAAUGAAAUUAAAAAAAUUAUCAAAGAAAAAGACCGUUGCUUUGGAAAUGGGAAAUGGUCAAUCUAGUGAAAACAGCAAAUUGUCAGAAGAUAUUGAAAGCGGUAUGGCCUCAAAAAAGCUGGCCCAAAGUACAAUACAUUAUAUCAUUAUAGAUUGCCAGAUGAUAUCACACAUUGAUCUCUCAGGAACAAGCAUGCUUUCUCAGGUUAUUAAGGAGUAUAAAUCUGUUGAAAUUGAAAUAUUUUUAACUAACUGCUCAUCAGUGUUUCUUGAUACUUUGACAUCCGCUGGAGUUUUCGAGAAUUUUCCAUCGGAAUCUGUAUUCUAUGACAUUUCAGAUGCAUUACAUUUUAUUCAAAAAUCCAAAGAUUCUGAGACAGCGGAAGCAUUGUAAACGUUUUCAUUUACAUUCAUUGAAAGAUUGGAUCAAAACUUCAUACAGGGUAUCAUCCUCAAACUUUCAUGAACAUUUUUUUAUCUCAUACGUUCCACGUUGAAUAAUAUGUGCUAUACGUGUGAGAAGAAAUAUUUUCUUCUUUAUUUGUGUUAUCUGUUCCAAAAAAAUUGUACAAAGUUUCCACAGAAAAUGAAAUAAUCAAAUAGAAGUCCUAUUAUAUAUUGGAAGCGGAAUAAGAUUUAAAAUACGCAAUUCGAUAAUAUCGAGUUUAAAGAACAUGAUGUUCGAAAUUAAGGCAUUAUAUAUUUUAAUAAAUUUUACAUUUGUGUAAGAAA